AUGCGGACAUUUAUGGAUACAGAAAGAGAAGAGAUUUGGAACAUUGUGGUGCAAUGCCUGCCGCCGUGGUCCCCAUACAUGAAUGUGUUGGACCUUGGAGUGCUCAACGCUUUUUCAUGUGUGCAGUACCAGACGGAAAGUCACACGACGGGAGCACCUGUGGAUGAUGUUAACCGAGAUUUCGAUCGAAUUCAAGAGGACUCAAUCGACAAGACGUUCUCGACGCUGCAAAAAGUGAUGGAGAAGGUGAUUGAGAUCGAAGGUGACAAUGCUUUUUAUUGGUUGUGUGUAAAAAAGAUUCGUUUUGCACGUGUCAUCCCUCAUCGUAGCCGAUUGCUCCUGAGCUUGUUCAUGAAGGUCAUCCUCUUUGGAAAGAUUGGCUAA